CCUUCCUUAAUUUAUCUCAUUAUCUCCUACGCAACAUGAAAUCUGUAACAGGAUUUUUACUUUUCUUAAGCGUUGCUACACCCACCACUGGCCAGUCCUGUCCCGGGGGGUGGUACCACUUUGGUACCUCCUGUUAUGCAUUCAUUGAUGCGGAACCUUUAGAGUGGACGGAAGCCAUGUUUUAUUGUAGUACUCUUCAUGCAAAGUUGGUUGAAAUAGAAACUGCCGCUGAAAAUGCUUUCCUGAAGAGUCAUUUGACAUCUCUUCACACCAGUGCAGACAACUAUUGGAUCGGUUUGACAGACGCUUUAGUAGAAGGAAAGUUUGUUUGGCAGACGACACAAGAAGACGCAGUGUUUGUGGAUUGGGCUCCGCUUGAGCCAAACGAUUUGGCUCAUAUAGAGGACUGUGGCGAUCUUCAUUCUGGCUACCAAUUCAAGUGGAACGAUGCGUCUUGCUCCAGCAAAUUUGAUUUUAUAUGCGAACGAGAAAUUGAAGGAAAUCCAGCGAAUGUCAUUGGAUAAAUACCUUCAUAUCAGCAGAAGUGUAACUAUAUGAUUCCAUUUACAUUUCCAAAAUAAAAAAAAAACCUAUUAAAAAAAUCAUAGUAAAACUUUUGGUUUUUGUAACUGCUGUAGAAUCAUUUGCCCAAUUUCAGACAAAGAUGAAAAAAAAACAAU